CAUUGUUUAUGUCUUCUCUUGAUAUGUUGUCGUCCGAGCCAAUUCUACAUUGAUAUAAAUAUCGCAAACACCCUUUGGAUUCAUUUUUCCUCAAAUGACAAUCCUUUCCAUAUUUUCAUUACAACAAAUCAGACAAAUAAAUUGCAACAAAAUGAAAUCGUUAUUGUUUUCGGUCACAAUCAUUUUAUCGUUAGCCCAAGUUUAUGUUUUUGGUGGUAAAGAUGGGCCGAUCGCUGGAGGAAUCAGUAAAACAUCACCCGAUAAUUUUCAUUUAGUCAUACCAACAAUGAUAGCUUUGGAACGUGAAAUGGACGAAAAAAUGAAUUCACCAUUCAUUCAUCGUGUGAACAAAAUAAAAGAUCUCAAAACACAGGUAGUUGCUGGAAUUCGAUAUUAUGUCAAGUUUGAUUUUGGGCGAACAAGCUGCCUGAAGAAUGCAACCACUGCGGAUGGUAUUAGUCAAUGUAAUGAUGUUACUAAAAUUCGAAAAUGUGAAGCUGAUAUUUGGGAACAGGCAUGGCUUGAUAAACGUGAUCUUUUGAAUUUUAAAUGCAAUAAAUAAUCGUAAUCAUGGUGAUGAAUUUUGAAAAUCGAUUACAUUUUUAAAAUGUUACUGCUGUUAAUUUUUGUUUUAAAGAAUUGUUUACAAC